GCAUUUCAGAUCUGCUUGGUAAACCUGGUGCACCACCAUGCUGGCCGCAAGAUUUAUGUGUCUCCGGACACUCCCUUCCAGGGUUUUCCAACCAGCUUUCACCAAGGCCUCCCCAAUUGUGAAGAAUUCCAUCACGAAGAAUCAAUGGCUCUUAACACCCAGCCGGCAAUAUGCCACCAAGACAAGAGUUGGGAUCCGGCGUGGGAAAACUGGCCAAGAACUUAAGGAGGCAGCAAUGGAACCAUCAGUGGAAAAAAUAUUUAAAAUUGAUCAGAUGGGAAGAUGGUUUAUUGCUGGAGGGGCUGCUGUUGGCCUUGGAGCAUUGUGCUACUAUGGCUUGGGAAUGUCUAAUGAGAUUGGAGCUAUUGAAAAGGCUGUAAUUUGGCCUCAGUAUGUGAAGGAUAGAAUUCAUUCUACCUAUAUGUACUUAGCAGGGAGUAUUGGCUUAACAGCACUGUCCGCCCUGGCAGUGAGCAGAACUCCUGUUCUCAUGAACUUCAUGAUGAGAGGCUCUUGGGUGACAAUUGGUGCAACCUUUGCAGCCAUGAUUGGAGCUGGAAUGAUGGUACAAUCAAUACCAUAUGACCAGAGCCCAGUCCCAAAGCAUCUUGCUUUUGCUCUUUCUCCAGGUGUGCUGGGCGCAGUGGUGGCUCCACUGACGGUGCUAGGGGGCCCUCUUCUCAUCAGAGCCGCGUGGUACACAGCGGGCAUCGUGGGGGGCCUCUCCGCUGUGGCCGUGUGCGCGCCCAGUGAGAAGUUCCUGAACAUGGGGGCACCCCUGGGAGUGGGCCUGGGUCUCGUCUUUGUAUCCUCACUGGGAUCUAUGUUUCUUCCACCUACCACUGUGGCUGGUGCCACUUUGUACUCAGUGGCAAUUUAUGGUGGAUUAGUUCUUUUCAGCAUGUUUCUUCUGCAUGAUACGCAGAAAGUAAUCAAGCGUGCAGAAAUAAUACCAGCGUAUGGAGUUCAAAAAUAUGAUCCCAUCAAUUCGAUGCUGGGAAUCUACAUGGAUACCUUAAAUAUAUUUAUGCGAGUUGCCAGUAUUCUAGCAACUGGAGGCAACAGAAAGAAAUGAAGAGCCUCAGCUUCUGACUUCUUUAAUACAUCAGAUAUCUUGCUUGUUUAAUAGGGACAGGUAUUCAUUAAAUAGAUUGUACAAGCAGCUUUCAUUGAAGUUUAGAAGAUAAGACUUGUCAACAUGUUUCAGUUGUUCCGGUGAUGUGAUGCUUCAGGUCUCCUUUAUCUUCUGCAGAAUAAAUUCAGUUGUUGUCUUCCAAA